AUGGGAGAACCAAGGUCUAAGCAAUUUGAAAAUAUAUACUAUGGUCUUUCUAAUAUUCCAGGCAUUCUUAAGCUUGCUCCAAGUGGACUUGGCUGGAAGACUUCUGAUGCAGAAAACAUCGUAACGAUUUCUGCAGAAGAGUUCAAAAAAAUGCAAUGGAUGCGUGUCGCUCGAAAUUAUCAACUACGCAUUGCAUUAAAAAAUGGAAACGCAGCUAGAUUUGAUGGAUUUAAUAAAGACAUGUUUGAUGCUGUAAGAGAACUUGUUCGAGCUAAUUAUAAAUUACAGCUCGAGACAAAGGAACUCAGUGUUAAAGGUUGGAAUUGGGGUAAAACCGAAUUUCAAGGAUCACAGCUCCUUUUUAACAUUGGUAGUAAAACAGCAUUUGAGAUUCCUUUAAUUCAAGUUGCAAACAGUAAUCUUGCCAAUAGAAAUGAAGUCAAUGUUGAAUUCAUGCAACCAGAUCAGUCAGGGGAGUCACAGAGUAAAAGUAAAAAAGCUCCAAUGCAUGAAUUAGAUGGAGAGGAAAUGAGUGCUGCUUCUCUAUUCUAUGAAACUGUCAAGGAUAAAGCAGACCUUGGGCAAGCUUCUGGAGAAGGGCUUGCAUUAUUCCAAGAUAUUCUUCUCCUUACACCUCGUGGUCGAUACGAUAUAGAGGUGUUUCCAACUUUUUUCCGGUUACGGGGAAAAACAUAUGAUUAUAAAAUACAAAUGAAAAGUGUUGUAAACUUGUUUUUAUUGCCAAAACUAGACGAGAUUGGACUUGAUCCACCAUUGAGACAGGGUCAAACACUUUACCACUUUCUAGUUUUGCAGUUUAAGCAAGAUGAUGAAAUUGAUUUGACCUUAAAUAUUGAAGAGGAUGAUUUAAAACGAGAUUAUGGAGAAAGAUUAUUACCCAAAUAUGAAUGUCCUAUUCAUGAAGCAGUAAGUUUGGUUUUUCAAGGACUCACUAAAAAGAAGAUAAACAGACCUUCAACAUACAGAAAUAAACAUGACGAAGUGGCCGUAAAAGCUUCUUUGAAAGCGAAUGAAGGUUACCUUUAUCCGCUUGAAAAGUGCUUCUUAUUUGUUCCAAAACCCCCGACAUAUCUCCCCUUUUCGGAGAUUAUGAGCGUCACGUUCUCUAGAGUAUCUGCGAAUCUAACAAAAAAGUCUGAUCUAGGAGGACCCAGAACGUUUGAUAUGAAAUUCAAUAUGAAAAGUGGUGUAGAAUUUGGGUUCUCUAGUCUUAAUCGAGAAGAAUAUGAAGAUUUAGAAGUAUACUUGAGAUCUAAAAAUAUAAAAACUAUCAAAGACACAGCGGACGAAACUGCGUUAUCAUAUUCUGAGUUUAUGAAAGAGCUUGAUGAUGAUGAUGAAGUUAUGCCUACUGCUAAACGACGCAAGAGCGAAUCGGUUGAUCCGGAAGACGAAGAUUCAGAAAUGGAUGAAGAUUUUAUUGCCAGUAGUGAAGAUAGUGAUGUGGCAGAAGAGUACGAUGAAAACUAUUCAGGUAGUGAUUCAUCGUCGGAUGGUGGUAAUUCAAAGAAAAAAGGAGAUAAAAGAGCCUCAAAGCCAAAAUCCAAAUAG